AUGAAAUCUACAUCAUUUUUGCUAGGCUUUUUAUUGCUUUUAGCUAGUGUUUUGUCAAAGGCACCUAUUUUUGGUGAAGAUUCUGCAAUAGUUAUGCUUGACUAAUCUAAUUUCGAUAAAGUUACUCAAGGAUUCAAAGAUAAAUCUUGGGUACUUCUAUUUUAUGCCCCAUGGUGCCCUCAUUGCAAUGAUAUAUAAUCUGUUUAUGAAAGUUUGCAAAAGAAGCAUCAAGAUAAAUUCACAUUUGCAUAAAUUGAUAGUGAAAAAAGUUUAGAAAUAAAAGAAAGAUUUGGAGUGAGCUAGUUUCCAACAAUAUUAGUAGUUGAUCAUUAAACUUAAUUGUAUCACAAAUAUAGAGGAACUAGAUAAGAGGAUAUUAUAGAACUAUUUUUAACAAAAAAUUAUAAAGAGUUUCCAGGAAUAGAUUUACCAAGCAGACCUUCAUUAUUUAAGACAUUGAAAAACUAUUAUGAAUAAGUAGGAACUCCAAUAGUCAUCGGAGGUAUUGCAGUAGCUUCAAUACUCUUGAUAUUUACUUUAGUAGAUCUAGUUAAGGGAGAGAAAAAAGAAAAGAUUGAUUUAAAUGAGCUUUAAAAAGAAUCUGAAGAAAAAGAAUAAAAAUCAUAGCAAAAUAAUAAAAAAUAAAAUUAAUAAAAGAAACAAAAGAAAGAUGAGAAAUCUAGUAGCAGCUAAUAAGAUAAAAAGAAAUAGAAGGACAAAAAAGAUUAAUGA